AUGCCCAUCGACAGAUCGUGGCCGGGUUACAACAAGGGCACCGAGCCUGAUGAUGGAUUCGAAUGGAUCUGGCAGGAAGCCAUCCCGGCGGAUCUGCCUGGACGAGAUCCUCCAGUGGUCUACAUCCCAUUCGGUUACGAGAAGAAGGUCUUACCAAAGGGUUGGAAGAAGACGCCCGAGAAUAAGGCUCUCGAUCUCGACAUCGUCUUCGAAAAAGAUGUCGAGUUUGUGAUGCGAGAUGGAGUCAAGCUGUACGCGGACAUCUACCGACCAGCAGACACGGCCGAUCGGAAGAUCCCCAUCAUCAUGCCCUAUUCUCCGUACGGCAAGGGUGGAGGUGGCGCCAAUCUGAUGGACGUGGUUCCGUAUCGCGUCGGCGUACCCAAGAGUCGCCAGAGCGGGUUAGAGAAGUUCGAGGGACCCGACCCGAACGAGUGGUGCCGACGAGGUUACGCCAUCCUCGACCCCAAUGCCCGAGGUUCUUUCGACAGUGAGGGGAAUCUACAUUACUUUGGCAGAAAGGAAGGAGAGGACUGCCACGACCUUAUCGAAGCCGCCGCGAGGUUCGACUGGUGCAACGGUAGCGUUGGGAUGGCCGGUAAUUCCUGGCUUGGGAUUGCCCAGUACUGGGCGGCCAUGCAGCAGCCACCUUCUCUGAAGGCCAUCGCCCCGUGGGAAGGAUUCAGUGACAUGUACCGCGAGCAGAGCCGCCGAGGAGGGAUUCCAUGGUCACCAUUCUUGCGCUGGGUUCUCAUGGGCAUUCCAGGCCGUGGUCUCCAGGAAGACGCCGCUUCAAUUGGCGAGAGCCGGGAGUACUGGGACCCAUACUGGGAAUCAAAAAGGGUUGAUUUCAGCAAGAUCAAGAUCCCUUCCUAUGUGCUCGCGUCUUACUCGUCCAUGCUACACACGAUGGGAUCCGUUCGAGCUUUCAGAGAAAUCAAUUGCAGCGACAAGUGGUUACGUUUCCACCCUCAUCAAGAGUGGUAUGAAGAUUAUCUUCACAGUUCGGUUGAUGAUCUGGAUCGAUUCUUUGAAAGAUACUUAAAGGGCGAGCAAAAUGGCUGGGAGUCGACGCCAAAAGUGCGUGUCUCCAUGUACCGCUACGGACAAACUUACCCCGUUUAUGACCAAGUCGAAGAAGACUACCCCAUCCCUCGAACACAAUACACCAAGCUGUACCUGACCGCGGCGAAAACGAUGCAUAUAUCGCCCAGUUCCACCGAGGCUGUGCACUCAUACGACUCGACCACCAAGGGCAUGGUGACGUAUGACUUCGUCUUCCCAGAGCGAACUACACUGGCGGGCUACUCGAAACUCCGAUUCUUUGUGUCAUGCAAGGAGCACAACGACCUGGACAUUUAUGUGAUGCUACGAAAGCUGUCCGCUGAUGGCGAGCUGAUGGAGCAGUCUAACGUGCCUCUCCACGAGUUGCCAUCGCACAUCACAUCAGUCAAGGAUGUGGCCAAUGUUAACCCUACUAAAUACUUGGGACCGACGGGAAUGCUGAGGGCUUCUCAUCGUGCCAUGGAUCCUGAGAAGUCAACAGAAUAUCUGCCAUUCCAUCCGCAUCUCAAGCCGGACUACGUAAACCCGGGGGACGUGGUGCCUCUGGACCUCGGAAUCUGGCCGAUGGGGAUUGUCUUUGAGAAGGGAGAGGGCCUGCGACUGCAGAUCUCGGGCAAGACGAUGGUCUUGCCUGAAUGGGACAAUCCGCAUGUGGCACACGCCGAGCCUAAGUUCAACAAAGGGUUCCACAACGUGCAUUUGGGAGGGGAGUAUGCGGAGAGUUACUUGCUGGUCCCGAAGUUGUAG